CAGGCGGCCUCGAGACUCGCUUUGACCGCGCGGCCCGGCUCUGCGGCGGCCGGGGGCUGGGCCUGGGCCCGGGCCCGCGCCGCGCUCGGCCGCGGGCAGCGCUCGGGGCGUUAGCCCUGUCCCGACCGAGUCGCGGCUGGUGAACGCCGUUCCGCUCCCGGAGCGCCCUCUGCGGCUUGCGGGGCGGGUGGCUGGUCGCCGGGGCGCCCGCGGGGCCGGGGUUGGUCUACGCGCUUCUCUCGCGCGCCCCAGGCACCAGGCGAGGCCCGAGGCUGAGAGGCCGUAAUGAAGGGCGGCCGCUCACUAGCGGGAGUUAGGACGAACCGUCUCUGUGAGCAGGCUUUGCUGCUCCGGGGGGUUGUGCCUGUCCUGAGGAAUCGGAUCCUGGCUACUGUUGUACACAAGGUAGCCAGCUAGAUGGGUCACGACUGAUCUGCUCUGCUCUGUCAGAUCAGUCCCUGUGUUCCUGUUGUUAAGAUGGAAAAUCAAAUUUCGUUCAAUUGAGUGACCAGUGCAGCCCUUAGAUUAGCUGAACCAUCGUUUUCCUAGCUCUUUGCAUUUCUCUGAGGAGCUCUUCUAUCUGAUUGUCAGCUACAUGCAUGAUUAAGCCUGGAAAUAACCAGAUGAUAUUCCAAGCAUAUUAAAUGUAACUUUGCUGUUUAAAUGGAAGGCUUGUUUCUGUCCCAUGUCUCACUCAUGCACAAGUUAGUUCUGUUGUUGAAUGCUUGUCAGCUGCUCUCUGUAGGAUCACGGGUCAGUCGAGCAAAGCCAUCCAAGCAUUAAUACAUUCAUUCUUUACUCUAGGAUUAGAAGAGCAACAAUCAACACUGGAGACCACAGAAAACCAUUCAGCUUUGUAUCACAAAAGCAAGGACUCAUUCAAGGAACUGUAUGUUCAGCAGAAGGUCCCUAAAUGGGAGCUCCUGUGAGAGUAAUUUCUGUGUAGUGAUGACUUUUUGAACAGAUAGCCACUUAAAUACUAAAUAAUAAACUUGAAAGAACCAGUGUAGAGUCUUGAGAUCUGCUUACUGUAGCUCUUUGUUUCUGAUGACCAUAUUCAUGCUUUCUGUAGCUUUCUGAUUCAUUGCAGGCACUAAGAUGGUUUUCCUCCUGUUUGGAAAAUUUUCAUAAAGUAGCUUUGUUGGUUCAGUCUCAGAAUUGAUUAACACAAGUUUUGCAGAGACUUUAAUAUUGCCUAGGCUCUGCAAAGUUUCCAUGUAGCUGUUGUGGGAUAAACCUCCAAAAUGAAGGCACUUUGGUGGAUUUACUCUUCAUGAAAAUAAGCCACGAGGAUCACUAUUGACAUCAGUAGUUGAACAAAAUCUCCAGUAUAUUCAUCACCUAAAGCCAAAACCCACUGAAGUCUCCACAGUCUGCGUUUGUGGAACAAUACAUUUACUGCUGAAAAAAAUGAGCUGUUUGCAUCACUUGCUUUGGAGGAGAAACCGCUCCUGAGGACGAGAAGACAUGAUUAAGAUAAUCUGAUGUAAAUGGCCAGCCCCAUUUUAUCAGAACCUAACUCAGCUUCUUGACUCUCCUUGACCAGCAGGAACUGCUCUGUGGACAGAUUGCUGGAGUGGUGCGUUGCAUAACGGAGAUCUCCAGUGCUCCCCCAAGUCUCAUUCGGCUGAGAAAGCUCAAGUUUGCAGUAAGGGUGGAUGGCGAGUAUCUCUGGGUGCUGGGCUGUACCAUUGAACUCCCUGAUGUCAGCUGUGGACAAUUUCUGGAUCUAUUGAUCGGACUCUUCAGAUUUUACAAUGGACCAGUGUGUCACGCUUACAUGGUGUUUUCUCGGGAGGAGCUGAGCACACAGUGGGACAGGUACAUUGAACAUAUUCAGAAAAACACCAGUGACCUGCACAAGAUCUUCAAUUCCCUUUGGAACUUGGACAAAACCAAGGUGGACCCCCUGCUGUUACUGAAAGCAGCUCUCAUCUUGCAGACCUGCCAGCGUUCACCUCAAGUGUUGGCAGGCUGCAUCCUCUACAAAGGCCAGAUUGUGAGCACGCAACUUCCACCUCCUCUCACUGCCAAGGUUCUCCUUCAAGGAACAGAAGCUGCAGAAAAGAGCGUACCUGGAGGUGGGGAGGUGCUGCAGGAACAUGAUCCCGCAUUGCCUCAGGAUGUCUGCAUCCUCCCAGUUUCCCUAACGGACGAUGAAGCCACAGCACUCCGGGACUUUCCAGUAGAGUGGAUGACUAGGUUGCCCACAUCUCCAGCAAACCCUAAAGGAUCUAAGAUCACCCUCCACUCACGGGCAUUCUUGGAUUCGGCCCGGGUUGAUGAAGUCCGAGGCCAGCAUGGCCUUGUGGUGAGAGAGCCCCCCCCACAGGCCUGGGGCGCUGCCAAAGCAAAAGAUGCUCUGAAUCCCCCAGAUGGAGCACUGAGCAGCCCAGGCAGCAAAAGCCCAGUGUUGAGUUCUGCCCCACUGAAACCAUCCCCUCUGUUGCAGAGAGAGCUGGGAGCCCUGCCCAGCAGUUCCAAACUGCCUGCUGCAGAGAGCACUCAAGACACAAGUGCGGCCCUGGGGUCCUCUGACUUUCCAAAGCCUUGUGCCCUGGGGCAGGAAGGUCGAAGCACUACGGAACCUGUAACCAGCUCUAACACUAGGGAGCGGAUGAAGUCUGAAUGCUGCAGCCUCCAGAGGCGUCACUCAGCCAGUGGCAGCCACUCCACCUGCUAUCCUUCCAAAGAGAUGAGGAGAAGCCGCUCAAGCGAACGUGACAAUCUGUCGAGUGUAGACAGUCAAGACACCAGCAGCCAAAACAGAACCUUCAAAAGAGGAGAUGGAGCAACCAGGGAUGACGCUUCCGGGCAGGAGCCUCUGCCCAGUGCUGUACAGUUGGGGCAGAAGUUCCCUGCCGAAGAUUGUGGUAGGAACCAGUUUCCUGUUGCUGAAGUCCGGGAGAGCCUAUGCAGUGGCAUUGCAGAAGGCCCAGGCUCUCCCAAGAGCAGAGAGAACGGUUUGCCUUCACAAGUAACUACUGGGGUGGACUGUCUAGCAGCAGUAGAUUGCACAGUGUCGGGCAAUCAGGCCAAGCUGGUUAAGAUGAUCUUGUAUAUUCACAGAAUUAAAGGGUUAGUGCUCUUGCUGCUGGCGGAGGAGCAGUUUAAGGAUGACCAGGGGUCCAUUGAAGAUGUGUAUCACAGCAGUCUGGCUUCUCUCAAUGGCCUGGAGGUUCACCUGAAGGAGACUUUGCCGAAAGACCAUUCCUCUGCAGCCAAAGCCACCUACAGCUUUACUCACUAUGACUGCAUUCAGAACGUACUCACAGCAAACCUGCCCCAGGUACUGGGCGCUCAGGAUCAGCACUUCCUGAGAGCUGCUAGUCUCAUCCACUCUGACUUCAACCAGCUCCCAACUGCUUCUGAAAUGACAAUCAGGAACGCCUCCACUGCCGUCUAUGCCUGCCAGAACCUGGUCCAGGAAACGUACUUCCAGCAGCUGGCCGCUCCACUGCGCAACUCAGGGGUUCCCAACCCUCAUGACAGUGCAUUCAGCUUACCAGGCAAGGCCAAACAAAAGCUGCUGAAGCAUGGGGUGAAUCUACUCUGAGCAUGGUUUGACCACCUGGAAUGGCCUGUCCAAAUCCAAGGCAGAAGAAGCUCUGUCUCUAAUAAGCUAAAAUGCCAGGACUUUUAUUCCAUGCCAGCUGCUCUUUAAAGAACCUGGGGGCACAAAGCUUUAUUUGCGUGUCGUAUCCUUGGUUGGUUAAACAGUGAGUAACCUGGAGCCGCUGAGUGCUUUGCCCUUGGGAUGGUGUUCUGUAUUGCCAGGUAACCAGCAUGCUGUGUGCUUGCUAUGGGGCCACUUUGCAUUGUCGAGGUCUAGUAUGGUAGGAAAUGUUGACUGUUACCAAAGAAUCAAGGAGGCAGAUUUCAGUGGCACAGUGCUGCUCAGGACUCACUGCUGAUGCACCUGGCGUGCCUGGACUGAAAGCGAACAAUUUGCUUGCUCUCAGUUGCACAGGGUGAUGGGUUGCUGUGCAAAACCUGCUUUGUGAGCGGUCUGUCGCUGAUUCUCGCUGUGAAAUUCCUGUGCCUACGCUCCUAGUCAGUCAGACUUCGAAUUAUUUACACCUCUGGAGCUACAGAAAUGAUCCCAUCACCAGGUAGUGCCUCACCUUGAAUUAACAGUGCUCUGCAUAUUGUCAGACUAACAGGAAUAGAAGGAGAACUAACAAUUGUCUUGCAGUAAUACGAAGCACUUAGGUUUUUAUCACAGCAAUGUCUGGGAGGUCGUCUAGUCCCUCCAUCUGUCUUCAGCAUUCCUUACUUUGGUGAGCUGCUUAACACUGGCCUUCCAAACUGCCCACCAAGAGCAGAAAACCACUGUAACCUGUUGUCUCCCCGCAGCAUCCCUGCCUUUCAUGAGUGCCAUUACGAUAUCCAUGUACAGGCCUGAACACACUGUGCUCACAGCCUGUGGUGCAGGGCCCGGGCCUGUGCUGUACCUGCACCCAGGACUUCGGUCUGUCUGCCACUCCUCCUAUGGAGACACUUCUACUGCCAAAGCUGACCUUACCUCCUUGCUUUCUUGCUACCUCCCUGAAUUCAGCUCUAUUGUAUUCGCAGAGCCCAUUAGCUGAUCACACAAAUAAGCUUUACAACUCCGCCACAGCUGCCAUCUUUGCUGAAACAAACUGAAUUUCAUUUUUGGCAACUUUAUGGAUUGCAUCAGAUUAGCAAUUAAGGCAGCGUAGACCUGAGCCAGGUGAUUGACACCUGUCAUCUCUCUGAGACCAUUUUGUGUAUUUCACAGAUUGCAGCUGCUCUGUGCAUGACCAUCUAUGUGGCAGUUGAAAUAAAGUAAAAUAAAGAGGAGUCCACAGGACUCAUCCAUUCACUACUAGUCA